AUGACACUUUACAGUGCUGCUAUACCUUACAUGGGAUCUGCAAGCAGGAUAUUUAUGAUGGUGUACAGCGCCGUUACUGGGCCUUUCGUCGGUCUCUUUCUGAUGGCGCUCAUUUUUCCAUGCGUCAAUAGCAAGGGUGCCGGAACAGCAACAGUGCUGGCGAUCACCUUCGAAUCCUGGCUCAUGUACAAUAAGUUUCACAUGGACGUUCGGCCUCAACGGAUUCCGGUUACACUUGACAACUGCCCAGGAAACCACACUACAUUACUAACGGAAACAAGCAACGCAACUUUCGUUUCAACGCCAAAUGUUCCACAGAAUCUCUUCUUCCUUUUGAGGUUGUCAUCCUACUGGAGUAACUCAAUCAGCACGAUUCUCACCAUUUUAUUGGGACUGACAAUCAGUGCCUUAACAGGUGGUCUAAAAUCUUCCUCGAACAUGGAGCACUUGACUAGUGAUGUUUUCCUGCGCCUGUGGCGAUGGAUGAAACUAAUCUCACCGGCAGACGUCGCAGCGCAAGUUUCAUCAGAUCGUCACUUGCAAGAGAAGUCGACUGACUUCAACCCUGAAGAAACGUUGGAGCUGACAAGAGAAACAAAAGUUUAAAU